GCGGUAUGCGCACAGACGAACGGAGUGGGCAAGUCGCACUACAUCUACAAGAAGAUAUCGGAAUUGCAGGCGGAGCAUGAAAACAAGCCGCUCCUGCACCAUGUGGAGAUCAGGGAGACGACAGACAUCUCUGCCCUGGUGUCGAACCUGCUGAGCGACCCCACGGACCCAGCCACGCCCACUGCGGUGCACAUCAACUUGGCCCACAUCUUGCCCAGCCAUGUGGACACGCUGCUGUUCGAGCUGCUGAUUGUGGGCAUGCUCCGCGACACUCACCACAGCAAAGUCUACCACCGCAGAGCCAAGAAGGAUUUCUUCUUCAUUGAGAUCCCAAACACACCAGGGGAGAACACUGCGAAGCAGCUCUCUUUCUGCCUGAUCCUGCCACGCAUCUUCUUGCAAAUGGGACGUGAUCAAAUCGAUGAGGAGAUGCCUGUUCUCAAGGAGGAGGCUCAGGGCCUGAAGAUCACCUUUGUGAAGAACGAGUUGCUGGAGCUGGUGGGCAAGACAUUGGCGGCCAUGAACAAAAUGGCCUUCGACCCCAAGUCCAGGAACUUUGACGUGACCUGGACGGGGAACAAGGCUACACCAGUGCCUGUGCAAGACACCUACGACUACUUGUUUGAGGAGGUGGGCGUCAGUCCGCCGCUGCCCACGCUGCUGCCCGGCCGGAGGCAAGUCCCGACAGACGUGCCCAAGGAGAUCGAGAAGAAAAAGGAGCAUGAGAAGAACAAAGAGGCUCAGACUCCGAAGAUUCUCCUCCUGAACCGGGAACAGGCACUCGCUCUGCAGCAGGAACUCAUGAUGGCCUUCAACCUUCCCGCUUUUCAGAGGGAGUUGCACGAGAUUGGCCGAGAGCAUGAGCGCAACAGCCCGGGCUUCAGGAAAGCUUUCAUGAAGUUGGUGAGGAGGGAGCAAUUGGACAUCAUCCCCCGCUACGGGCUCAAGGGCUCAGAGGAGGGCGUGGAGCAGAUGCUCCGAUCCUUUCAGCUUCUGAAGGAUGAUGCAGAUGUGCAGGUGAAUGCAGCUGCCAUCAACGACUUGCUGGAGAUCGACAGGGAGCAAUCGAUAGGCGCAGACGCGCCGAAGCGCAAGAGCCCCAUCAGGAACAAGCCCACUCAGAUCUCCCAGGUGCGGGACAUGCUGAAGUGGAUGCUGAAAGAGUUCAGCAAGUUCACCUUCCAGGCAGACAUCAAGGACCUGAAGCGCUGCCAGGAUUUCAACCUGAAGCGGACCUACAAUCCCAGGACGGAGUGCUUUGAGGACCCGGACGGCUACUACCACUUGGAGGGGCGUCCGGAGCUCGUGGUGAUGGUCACCUCUACGAUUCUGCCCAUCUACGGCUUCGAGCCCAGCAAUCAGGGGGUGCAGGACAUGCUGCAGCACUGCGCUCCCUUCUUCAAGGACCCAGAGCUCGGCCUGCUGCUCGACCAGGUCAAUGCAAAGCUGGGCAUGUCCCCUGCUGCUGUACAACGUUUCCAUCACGUGGUGCUGUCCCUUGCAGAGUGA